CUUUUUUUUUUAAUCUUCAGGUUUAGUAGUUGUUAAUUUGAAGUUCUAUCAAAGGUGUAGGCCUUUUCUUUUGCAAGCCUUUGAAGGUCUCAUGCAAGUAUAUAUGAGAACGAUGAUUUACUUCACAGAACGAUUCUUGUUUGGAGUCCGACACCUUGUAGUAUUUUAUGAUAGAAAUCAACUAAGAGAAGAUGGACUUAGUCUCCUUGUGGAGAAGCCAUGGACUGGCUCUUUUGCAGAUCAUUGGCCACGCUUAGACAACAGCUCAAUUCUUCCCAGAUUGUCUGUGGAGAUACCUUUAUUUGAGGGAAAAACUGCAUGGGUCCUACAGUCUUCUAUCCAUAACGAGGAUCCUAAUUCUGACAGAGUUCUCACUCUCGGACAACAUUUAAUUGAAGGCCAAACACGUUGGGGCACUAUGACCAAGGUCCCUAGAGAGUUCUGCUUUACUGAUUGCUAUUGGGAGUGGCUAGAGCUUGUAGUUGGUCGAAAUGCGCGACUUCUUUAUAGUGCUUGUUUAUAUGAUGUCGUAACAACUUAUUUCUACACUUAUGAUCGUAAUAGUGAUUAGGGGUGAGCAGCGGGCGGUCGGGGUCGAUUUUUUGAUCAAACCGCCCUCGAACCAACCACAAAUGGGUAGAUAUAUUGUAAAAUCGACUUCAGCCGUUACUUCCAACAAAAUCGGCCGAUUUGACAGUCAGUCGGUCGGUCGGUCGGUUUUGGUCAGUGUUUUUUUCUUCUUCUUCUUAUUUCCUCUCAUCCUCCUAUGUUUCUUACUUUCUUUUCUUU